AUGUUGUUCCCUUUCCUCAAGUGGUACUCUCGUCGUUUCACGUCCUUCAUCCCCGGUUUUUCCCGUGGGGCCCACAACCCCCCUUCUCGUUCUUCUUCUUUCGACGGACUUCCCGAUGACGUAAUUGGCCGGAUAUUCGGCAACCUGUGCAUCGGUGACCGAACUCGCAUGAGGCUCGUCUGCCGCUCGUGGAGGGACACGCUCACACGCUCCGAAUUCCCCGUCCGACCCGAGCCCCCGUGGCUCAUCCUUCCCACCUCCGACGACCCCUUCUUAACCCUCGACUCCCCUGCCGAUGGCCGGACCUACCGCCGCCCCUUUCCCCGCCGCCGCCGUCUCCGCCAGCGGUGGUCCUGCCGCGGCUCCGGCGACGGCUGGCUUCUCCUGGUGGGCCAUUCCCCUUGCCUCGACAUCACGGAGAUGGUCCUGUGGGAGCCGCUGUCGGGCGCCACCCGGGACCUCCCCCCUUUAUCCACCCUUCCCUUCUUCGACGAGCUGGCGACCGGCUCCUUCGAGGCCGUCGGGCUCGACUUCUCGUCCCCUCUCGUCAUCACCCAAGCCCGAGUUUCUUCCACGGACUUGGACUUGUUGGUGGUGGCCGUCGUCUUCUCGCUGAUCGAGAACUACAGCCGCAACAAGUGGGACCGACUGGCGGUCUGCUCCCCCGGCGACCCGUCCUGGGCUGUGCUCCCCAACAACGACGAAACCAAGCGCUACUCGGACAUCAUUUUCCACGGUGGGAGGCUCUUCGCCGUGUGCCCACCGUGGGACCCGGGGACCCGCCCGUUUGUCUCGAAAACGAGCACUCACACGCUCGCAAGUAGUGCUAACUUGGAGGUGGUGACGUGUGAGCUGGCGUACGAGGUCGCCAGCUUGGCACCCUACGAGGACUACACCGGAUUCGAGGUGUGUAAGAGGUGGAACGUGGCCGAGCAUUUGGUGGGGUCCGCGGACGAGCUUCUACUCGUGAGCGCGACACUCGACUUGUUCACCCACGCCUUCGAUUUGGGCAGCCCGGAGCUGAUCGACUCACGGGUGUACAAGUGUCCCCAGACGAGAGGAUUCGAGGUUCGUCGGCUAUUGAAUAAUAGUGGCGACACCGAUAGAUUAUUAUUGUUAUCGGAAAGGAUGGAGCAAACGGGAGACAAGUGUAUAUAUUUGGGAGAUACAGGCUCGAUUUCAAUGGAAGGGGAACCUAACUGCAUUCGAUACGCGACAGCCGAUGGUCUCGGGAUGUUUUGGAACCUUCGUGAGGAGGAGGAAGAUGAAGAUGAUUUGGUAAUUGAUAUCGACAAUGUUUGGAUUAUUCACGAAAGAGGCGUUUUCAACGUGGCGGAGGAGAGGAUACGAAGAACUUGCUCGGCGAAAACGAGUGCUCGAUCAGGCUCGUGUAGCGGUUGGUUCACGCCUGCUUUUGGUCGUCAACCAUUGGUGAUUAAUCGUAGCUUAUCUGCCUUCUCUUGUUUCAGGCUAGCUUGUGUAGACCAGAUAACUAACUUACUUUUUUUGUGGCAAUCUCUAUCAUGGAUGCAGAUAGGUAUAUGUGUACUUAGCCUGGAAGUUUUAUAUCUGCUUUACAUGAUACAGGAUAUGUUGAGAUCUUGA